UGCCGCCGCCGGCUCGGCCAUGGCGGAGCUCCCCGGCGCCCAGGCGGGGUUCGGCCGCCCCGCGCCGCUGCCGCAGACGGGCUGGGAGCGGCUCAGAGAGCUCUGGCGGCGAGACGAGCAGCAGCAGUACCCGGAGGAGACGGUGAACAUCGCCAAGUCGGCCUUCACGGCGGGCGUGGUGGGCUGGCUGUACGGGGGGCUGCCUGCCUUCGUCAGCGCCCGCAAGGCAUUCAUCGAGAGCAGCCACGGCGAGAUCUUCCAGAACCGCGCCGAUGCCGUGCAAUCUGCACACCGCGCCGGUCUCCGGAGCUUCAUCCGCUACGGCUGGCGCUGGAGCUGGAGGGUCACGGCUUUCGCCACGAUAUUCAACGUGGUGAGCACGAGCCUGUCUGCGUACCGCGAUAAAACCACCAUCAGUAAUUUUGCUGCAGCAGGAGCCUUCACAGGAGCCCUGUUCAGAAUGCACUUAGGCCUGCAAGGCCUGGUGGGCGGCAUCGUGUUUGGAACGGUAUUUGGGGUUCCUGCAGGAGGCUUCCUAAUGGCAAUGUAUGGCUUGGCUGGUGAGACCUUUCAGGAGAAGAGGAAUCGUGAGCGCAGGGAGCUGUACGAACAGAAGCUGGCAGAGUGGCAAUCCAGGCUCAAUAUGACUGAAAUCUUAGGCCAAACAGAAAACAAUGCCCAGGGAAGACCAGAGGUGGAGAGAGCAAGAGAACUGAAGAGCUGCUGAGUCUUCCCCAGAUCUCUGUUGUAAGAAGCUACAUAGUUUUGAUCCUGCUUGUAAAAGCCUUCAGUCAAAGGAUCAUGGAAAGUGUUUGUGAAUGCAGUUGUAUCCUGUGAAAAAGUGUUUUGCUGAAAACAUUGUUCAGGGAUGGAUAUCACUGCAGAAGGAGCUUGGAAGGGUCAAACCUGUUCCACCUGAGAAGGUGGAAAUGCAGACUUUAUAGACCAGGAAGUGUCAUCUAGCUUUGUCAGGAAGUGGGGGUUCCAGAGCCUCAUCUGGAACCCAUUUCACUGCUGAAAAUGUGCAAACCACCAGUGAUGUAGAAAUACUCAAGGUGAAGGAGCCUAUGGAUGGUUCGUGUGCUAAAGGUGCCCUGAUUCCAAAAGUUAAUUAUGCCCUGGUGAAAGCUGCUCUUCAAACAGUGCCUGAAGAACUUGCUGGUGGUGGUUUCUUACUUGGUUCCUACAGUACUUGGGGUAUUUUGCAGUCAGUGUGGAGGAAGGGUGGAGUUGGGAAUUGUAUGGAAACACCCUGAAAAAGGCAUGUUUGGGGUCCCUCAAUAGAAGCCUGAGUGGGCCACAGAAAACAUGACUUAUUUAUGGUUGUGAUGGUGGAAGAUUUGGCACUAUGGACAGUUUUAACAAUAAGAAGGCCUCUAAUUUCAUUUGCAAGUUGGAAAUUAGGGGAUGACCUUUGGAGGAAAUGUGGUUCAAGGCACUCAAUAAAGCCAUCCAGCAGUGG